AGAUGCGCGAGAUUCUAAUACCGAGUUCAACUAGAAAAGCUUAAGACGUGGGAAAGUUUGUCUUUCCCUCUCUUCCCCACCCACAAUCAUAUAUCGAAAUUUCCCAAUCCUGCUCGUUGCAUAUUAAGACAUUGUAACUGCAAUGCAGGGGCAUAUCCUUCCAUACAAAGCCCAGAGCAUUCAUCUCUCAGCAAUCUUGCAUUCUGUCUCUCUUGCUACUUAAAUCCACUCCGCCAUCCUCACUUCACUUCCUCAUAUGCAGAGGGGGUCUCUCUGAUCGGUGAAGCAUAUCAUAUUGUCACUUCCCUGCUUUUUGCUAUUCCACUUGGCCUGAACAACUCCGAUGGAGUUCCAAAAGGUGGGGAAUCAAUCCCAAGAUGAUCACAGGAAUCCCAACAAACCGCUCACGAAUCCUGAUCUCGUGCUGGAUCUUAGCCUCUCCAACAAGGCUUCAGAUCAUGCGCCAAAGAGGGAAGUGACCUCCAUCCAUUGUUUCGAAGCGCAUUCGCCUCCCAAUGACGGCCCCCAAGACAAUGAAACCGAGGCUCGAGUGUUCUCUUGCAACUACUGCCAGAGGAAAUUCUAUAGCUCACAAGCACUUGGAGGACACCAGAAUGCACACAAGCGGGAGCGGACACUUGCAAAAAGAGGACAACGGAUUGGUUCUGCCGCCACCGCUAAUUUCGGCUAUCCUUAUUCGCACUUGAACCAUUAUUCCAGCAUGGCUUCCCUACCUCUGCACGGAUCAUACUUCAGUAGAUCGCUUGGCAAUCAGGUUCACUCAAUGAUCCGAAAAUCGCCUUAUCUCUCAUCGAACAAUGGGUCCUCGCAUGUUUUUGGUCACAGUGGCUGGUUCGGACAAGCCAUUGAUCAGAAACCUGCAGUCGGGUGGCUUGCACGGACUAAUCCACGUGGCGGAGCCGCAUUAGGAUCAUCCUCGGAUUCUGCUAGAUUGGAUGGUAUUCAGUUUUCUUCUGCCAGUAAGGGAAUUGAUGAACUAUGGAGUAAUGUUGGCUAUCUGAAGAGCAAGCCAGAUGAGAUGAAGCAGAUUGACUUGUCCCUCAAACUAUAAGCUAGCUAGCAUUGCCUUUUGCUUCUAUUAUCUUCAAUUUGGAUUUUGUUUCUUUUUAAAGUUCCAGUCCUCUAGUUAAAGUCUGUCAUCAAUUCUUGAUGAAUCUUUUUGUAAAUUCUUUUACUCUCUGCAAAAGCCUCUGAGGGAAGAGGGUUGCCAAAUCCAAUAGGUUAGGCUGGAACUUGAACUUGUUUGAGCUGGCUGGCUUUAUCUUCUGAAUAUUAGCUACUAGAAAUAAAAGUUACAGACUACUUCCAAAUCUAAA